AUGCAGCUUACCAACUUCGUCUUUGCUAUGGUUUUUGGUCUUGCGACCACCGCCGUGGCUCAAGAGGGUAAAUGCACAGCCAAGGGCGAAUGUCAGGAGGUUGCUAGUGGCGUCAAGCUGCUCUGUACGACUGGUAGCUGCGCAAACAAGGCUGGACAAAGCUGCCUAAGGAACGGACCCGGCUCUUCAAACGUGGCCGAUUGCCCUAAAUAA